AUGAGCUUGAUUUGGCUGCUGCUGUCAGUGGCGAGUGCAUCGCCAGUGCAGCCUCCAGCGAAGGCGCCCAGAACUCCUAUUCGCAAGCAACAGCUCCAAAGCCCUGGAGUGAUUUUUGCUCGAAUCAAUGAAACAGAGACUCUGCAGAGUAGCUUGGGCAGGGUGCUUCCAUGGAGCAGAUCAUCGCUUUCGGAUUUGAGUGCAAUGGGUGCAGUCUACUACCGAGCACCAACAUCUCGUCGUUUCGUACGUGUGGGCAGCGCUCUUUUGCCUUCAAACUCAGAGCAGAGAGCACAGCUGCAGGAUUUUGUGGUGAAAGAGGGUGGAGAGUUGCGAGUGCAUUCUGAACCAAGACGUUACGCAACCUGUGACGAGCUAAGCUCUGAGACUUGGGCAAAGAGAAUUCAGCGCCACGCAGAAUUCUUGGUUGUGGACAAACCUGCUGGUGUGCCGUGUGUACCCCAUGUCAGCAACGGAAGAGAGUGGUUGGUUCCUUGUGUGGCAGCUGCAAUCGCGGCAAGUAGAAAGAAACGAACAAGGGAAGAUGCAGACAUUGAGCUGGUUCCCUGCAAUCGCUUGGAUGUGCAAACUUCUGGUCUAGUAGUGCUAGCGGAAACCAAAGAUGCUGCACGGCGUUUCCAACAGCUCCUACUGGAUGGCAAAGUGCAAAAGCGUUAUCGGGCCUUGGUGCCGGGACAAAGUUUCCAGGCAAAUCAGACCUUGGAACACCAAAUUUCAGACUCGGUCUUUGGAAAACCAGUCCCCCGUUUGAUUGCGCCAAUAAAUGCUGCUACAGAUGACAGUGUGCACAAGUGGCGAGAUGCUUGUGCAACCAUCAAAGGCGCGACACGUUGCGAUCAGCUGCAAGAGCUGGAAGUUGAGCUUCACACUGGCCGAACCCAUCAACUACGAGCGCAAUUGGCGGCCAUUGGCAGUCCAAUUGUGGAUGAUGCUCUAUACAAAGGUCUUAGUGGUUUCAUGUGGAGAGAGAAUUCUGAUGACCAGCAAGCAGCCUUCCUGGUCACAGCAGCGGACAGGAGUGAUGCUCCCAUCGGGCUACAGUGUAGCGAGCUGGAAUUUGACUCUGAAGUAUUCCAUGCAGGUGAGCCAUGGUGGAUGCCGUGA